GUUGUGCUCUUGCUGUCUUUUACUGCACUUUUUUUUUCAUGGCGCCCUAUUUAUUCAAGGGUGCAUAUGACGGGCUUUACAUAUUGACAUGACAAAUUUUACCCAUAUCUUGGUACUUAUUCAUUUUUUCUCCCUCCCUUAUUCUUAUUGACAGAGGUAGGCUGAUUGCCAGCUUUAGUUGUUUAUUAUUCUAAAUAGAACAUAUCACUAGCCUGCAAUAAUUCAUUACAGCACAAGAUGAUAUUAUCAAAUUAAAAUUUCUUUAAAGUUAUUACCAACAUUAUUAGUUAAAGGGGAAACGCAUUGGCUUUUAGGGAAUGCCUUCUAACCAAUUGUUUAAAUUGCAUUCUUUACCAUGAUUUAUUCUCCUAUUUUCUGAAGUGAAUAGUGGAGUGUGCUUGAUAUAAACUGCAUUUCGAACAUGCCCUUGAAACUGUAUUCGUAAGAAUACACACAAAUACUAACACAUUCUGUUAUUCUUCUAUGAACAUUCAUUUAUGUUAUGCUUCAAGAACAUUUAAUUUCAGAAAACUUAAUAGAACGGCAUGUUUAAGUCAAAUAUCAUCUAUUCACUUUGUUUCCAACCAGAACAAGUGCAACCAAAAGAUUUGGUACACAGGAAAGGCCAAUAAUAAAAAGUUGAAAUUUACAAAUUUACACUAUAAUUUGAUACCCAAACCAUUUAUCUGGGAGAGAUUAAUUGAAAGAUUUUUUGGCCCCACCUGUUGGAAUCUAAAGCUUACAACUGGUCCAGUCUAUCGUUCCAACUACUCAUCUCUAUUCCUUUUAUGAUCAACAAGAAGAGCUUUCAAUAUCAAACAUCAAGACAUCUCAACCUAACCGUAAAAAUAAAGCUUCCAAUGGCUAUGAAGCUUCCUAUAGGUUAGACACGUGUGAGCUGAAUAAUAUGAAAAUCUGUUUGUUAAGUUCCUGUAUUUCGCUCAUCUGAAAUGCAGAAUUGUAACCAUUUUCCCUGGUGCAGUUUCAAGAUCACUUGUGCAUCAUCUUUCUUAACCAGGCUAUUAUUCAAGACAUGAGGAAAAAAUUACUGACAGGGAUGAAGGAUUUUUUAGACAAGGGCAUGAAGGUUCAGACUGUCAUGGCAUGGGGGUGGUUUAUCUGCUUCCUAGGAUCUGAUGCCUUGAAGAACAGACAUCUAGUAAAUGAUAUGUUGAAAGUCCCUGAGCAGACAUUUUCAGAUUACAACCCACAAGUCCAGAUUGCUUCACUGGUUGCUUGGGAAGGUCUUAUUGAUGCCCUUGUUCACCCUCAAAUACUGGCUUGCAAUAAAAAUGCAACCUUAAAGAAUGAAAUUCAACAGUUACAAACAUCCCCAGGGAAAAGCAGUGAAUUGCAACUAAAUGGAUUUUCAAAAAGCUUAAAGCUCAUUAUGACACCUCUUAUAGGGAUCAUUUCGAGCAAAUGUGAUGUAUCUGUUCACUUCUCCUGCCUAAACACAUGGCGUUAUCUUCUGCAUAAACUUGAUACCUCCGUCAACUCUCCAUCAGUAAUGAAAGUGGUAUUGGAUCCUAUGUUUCAAGCAAUUUUUAAGAUAGGAGCAGGUAGCAAAAGUAUCUGGCGGCUAUGGGAUUUGUGCCUGGAUUUGCUUGAUGAUUGUACAUCAGCAAACUGUUCAGAUUUGAAUUCUAACUCAAAGGACCAGGUAAACCUUUGUCUAUCAUCUAGAACCUUCAUUCCUGGGUCUUGUAUGUCUGGCAGAUACUCUUUGAAGCAAUAUCCUAUUAAAUGGUUGCCAUGGGAUCUUAGUCAGUUGGAUUUCUACUUAAAGAUGAUUUCUAUUAUCAUUACUCAUGUGGCAACAGCAACAAAUGCCUCUGAAAGCAAAAGAUCAGCUUUUGAUGCCUCUGUGAGGAUAUUUAGAUCAGUUUUAAAGGGAGUCCGAAUGGAGUUUAGAAAUCCAUUAAAUAAUUAUGAUAACAUUAUGUUCUGUUUAAACACAAUAUUAAAGUUCAUCAAGAACAUAGGUGAAGAUGCCUGUUCGGAAGGAGCUGGUGACUUGUUUAAUACUUCCCUUUAUUUUACGGAGGCUGUUGUGGAGGAGUUAGAACCUUCUAUUGUGGGAUCCCCUCUUUACAAGGUGGCUUUAGACAUCAAGUACAUUGGCAGUCUGGAGUCAGUUGAUAUUAAACAUACAAAAAUACUGCAUCAAUGUUCUAUUGCUUAUAUGGAAUUGGUUUCACCUAUGGUUUAUCUAACUGUACUCUACAUCAGUUUGGUGGUUCAAUUAACUAUAAAUACAAAUGUUCCUGAGAUGGAAUUGCUUUUACAGAGGUUUCAAAGCUUUUUAAAAUUUGUACUGUCUUUGGAUGUUCCCCUGGAAAGUUUUCUUGCUUCUGUUGGUUUAUUGUACAGGCACAUGAGCUUUAAUUACAUAGAGAUAUGGAUGGCAAUAGUGACAGGUCUGAAUGGCUAUAUUGAUGGAAUGCAGGAUCUCUCUCUAUUCAAAACAGAUACUGACAAUUCUGUUUAUGGAGCCAUAUGCCAUCUCUUAUCAUAUCCUUUCAUUUUGUUCUCUUGUUCUCAGAAAGAUUUAACCCUGUGGAUAGCUAGUGACUCCCUGAAAGAAUCUUUUGUUUCCUCAGAAAGAAAACUUGAACAGGCUUUUGAGGUUUGGAAGUCAUUAUAUGGUUCUGUUAGUGCCACAUGCUUUAAGUCUUCUGCUACAAACACUUUUGGUGGUGAUCUGUGUGCAAUGUUAAAUUGGUGUUUUGAUGAAAAUGGUAGCAUGUUUCAGUCAAAGAGUGAGCUUGGUUUAUGUUACAAGGAUCUGGUGCCUGCUUGCCUUUCUUUCUCUAGCAAGGUUGUGGAAUGUAUUUUGAAACAGAAGCUGACUUCAGAUACAAGUUCAUGUGGAAGUGGAAAAGAAUGUGUUGGUGUCUGCAAUAGAUUCAGUGGCAUUAACAAUAUUUUAGAAUUUUCUUCCAGAGUCAUGAAGUUCCUGUACAUAAAUAUGGGAACAGAACCAACCGUAGGUCUUGUGAGUUCAAGGGUAUUUUCUGCCUUGUUAUGCUUCAUUAGUUGCCUUCACUUGAAGCAAGAUAUUCUUUCAUUUUUUGAGAUAAUAUCCUGUCCACUGCUUCAAUGGCUGUCACAAGAAGAGAUACAGGAUGAAAGUGCCAGAGAUCAACUUGGAAUCCUAUGGGCUGAGUGCCUUAAUUGUUUACAAAGGAGUCAGCCACCGCUAACUUUUGAUUCUUCUUUCCUCAAAUUUCAAGCAUGCCUCCUUGAGAGAACACUUGGUCACCCAAAUACCUCAAUUUCAGAUCCUACCAUCACCUUUUGGAACUCCACAUACGGCAAGCAAAUCAAGCUGGAGUAUCCCCAAAAUCUGCUUCAUGUUUUGGACAAGCUGUCGAGAAAUGGAAGAAUAAACCUGUACAAUAGAAGCAAAUCUUUUCUGGCUACAUGCUGUAAGCUAGGAAACAAUACCGCACCGCAGAGUUGCAAGGUCACUGCAACACAAAACCGGAGCUCAAAAAGAGUAGAGUUGAUGGAGAGUAUGAUUGGUAAGUUCAACCAAAAGGAUAAGCCACCCCCGCAUCCAAAACGAAAAAGGCUAGAACUAACCGAGCAUCAAAAGGAAGUGAGACAAGCACAGCAAGGAAGGCAGAGGGACUGCUGUGGACAUGGACCUGGGAUCCGGACUUAUACUAGUCUUGAUUUUUCUCAGGGAAACGAGGACUCACAGGAGAGUCAGGACAUACGGGAUUCAGAAGCCAUCUUGGAGAUGUUGAGAAGAGUUGCAUGACCGUUUCUAUCUAUGAGGCCUGGUAU